CAACUUUGGCGUCUUGUGAACCUCUCUUUCGCUCACAACAGUAUAAAACACGAACUCUCUCUCUCUCUCUCUCUCGGAAGCUUUCAGUUGCCGCCAGAAUCAUGAACUCCAACGAGCAUAACCCGAUGGACCAAUGGCCCGGGGAAAACAUCUCCGAUUCUCCAAAUUACGACACGAAUGGCAAAGCCAAGCUAGUCACCAUUGUAACCCUCUCCACAAUAGCCAUAAUAGUGGCCCUCUCCUAUCUCUACGAUCGCUGGCAUCGCCGCCGCAGUCGUAACAUGGUUUCCUUGGCCACCAAUCCUUCUCAUACCGGCCUAGAUCCCGCCGUCGUGAAAACUCUCCCUGUUUUCACUUUCUCCGGCUCAACUCACAAGGAUCCGACUGAAUGCGCCGUUUGUCUUUCUGAGUUCGAAGAGGGAGAGUCGGGUCGGGGUUUGCCCGGGUGUAAACACGCUUUUCAUGUUGAGUGUAUUGAUAUGUGGUUUCAUUCUCAUUCAACUUGUCCUCUCUGCCGCUCUCUCGUCGAGCCUCCUGCAACCACGACAUUGGAGGAGCGUCCUAGGAGGAGUUUCAGCGAGUUCGAAGACGAUUUGACACGGGACUUAUCGUCUACUCGGAUGUCAAGCUGUCAAAUAGUGAUGACCGAAUCGGAUAUCGAGCUUGGAGAGAAGAGAUAAAGUGAUUUCCUCCACGUGGAUGUUCUUAGUGGUGUUGAUCAUUGAUAUUAACAUCAAGUAUAACCAUGAUUUAGAGCUUUUUGUUUUUGUUUUGGAUAACACGAGAUGCACUGAUGUAUCGCACUUUUAUUGCUAAGAAAUCUAAUUAAAUAUAUUAACAGUUCACUGAUCAACGGGUUUUGCAUUCACGGUCGCUUAGAUGAAGCUAUGAGAAUGUUUUAUUUGAUGGAGACUUACCCAAUAUAGUGACUUAUACUACUUUCAUACAUGGAUUUUGCAAGUCCAAGAGGGUAGAUGACGGUGUGAGACUCUUUAACGAGAUGUCCCUGAAAGGAUUGGCUGCCAACACUGUCACUUACACCGUUUUUAUCCAGGGUUAUUUUCUAGUGGGCAAACCACAUGUUGCACAAGAAGUGUUCAAC